AUGGAGUUGCAAGGUCGAAGCCUCGUCUUGACUGUCAGUGUCUUGACGUCGCUGGGCUUUAUGCUCAUCGGUUAUGACAAUGGCCUCAUGGGAGGUCUCGUCAACACUUCAGUUUUCAAGGAUACUUUCGAUAGUCCUGAUGCUGACAUGAUUGGUGUUAUUGUUGCAAUUUUCGAAAUUGGAUGCUUCUUCGGUGCCAUCUUUGCAGCUAUCUGGGGAGAGAAGCUCGGCCGUCGACGCUCAAUCUUUAUCGGCUGUAUCGUCUUGAUCAUCGGAGCUGUUCUCCAAGCAGCCUCUUUCUCUCGAGCCAUGAUGAUCGUCGGCCGAAUAGUUUCUGGCCUUGGACUUGGUACCGUCAACUCAACCGUCCCUGUCAUGCAGGCCGAGUUCAGCCCCAAGUCUAGCCGAGGAAUCUACGUCUGCGCCCAGCUCUCAACACUCAACUUCGGCAUCUUUCUUGUCUACUGGAUUGACUAUGCUCUGUCUUCCCACACUGGAAGCUACGCUUGGCGCGUCCCUGUCAUUCUCCAAUGCGUUCCCAUUAUUAUCAUCAUAUGCCUCUUGACCAUCAUCCCCGAGACACCACGUUGGUUGGCAGCGCAUGAUAGACCCGAAGAAUGUCUCAAGGUCCUCGCUCAGAUCCAGGGUACUUCUACCGAAGAUCCUGACGUGCGGGCUCUCCACAGUGUCAUCACUCAAACGGUCGCGUACGAGACAUCGAUCGGCUCUGGUUCCUGGAAGGACCUCUUGAAAGAAGACAGCAUCAAGUCCCGCAAACGACUGAUUUUGGCUUGCUUGCUGCAAAGUAUGCAACAGCUGGGUGGUAUCAACGCCAUCAUAUACUAUUCCAGCACCUUAUUCGAGAAGAGUGUUGGCUUCUCUGCUCAUAUGUCAGCCCUCAUGUCAGGUUUCCUACAGACAUGGUUCUUCGUCGCAUCUUUCAUUCCAUGGGUCCUGAUCGAUCGUAUUGGACGUAGGCCUCUUCUUCUAUCCAUGAUCAGCGUCAUGGCUGCGACAAUGGCUGUUCAAGCUGGUUUGAUUUAUCAGGUAGAGAACAACACAGCAUCAUCACAUGCGGCAGGAAUUGCAGCUGCAGCAAUGCUCUUUAUCUUUCAGGGAGCCUUCACUAUCGGUUUCCAAGCAACUGUUUGGGUCUAUCCCUCCGAGAUUCUGCCUCUUCGUCUACGACAGCGCGGUUCAUCCAUCUCCACAGCUGCCAACUGGAUCUUCAACUACAUGAUUGUCCAAAUCACACCCAUUUCAAUCAACAAUAUCGGUUGGCGAACAUACAUCAUAUUUGCUGUACUGAACACCCUCUGGGUGCCCCUUAUCUUCUUAUUCUUCCCUGAGACCAAGGGCUUGGAGUUGGAAGACGUUGACCAACUUUUUGGUGGCGAAGAAAUCAUUAGGAGCUUGGAUGAGAAGAAUCAUGGCACUGUGACCAUGCUGGAGUCUGUGAAUGGGGAUGGUACUGGUGUCUAG